AUGUUUUUCGGGCUAGUUAUAUUGUGUGUANAUUUAAUGAAAAAACUAUAGGAAAUUAAUAAUGGCAAAAGAACUGAUGAAUUGAUGAGUAUAAAUAUAUUAUAAGAAGCUUUAUCGUUACUUCCAUAUAUGAAGCCUUAAUAAAUUAAUAAUGAAUCAAUCAUAAUUGAAUAAAAAUUAUAGAAAGAUAAGAGAAGCAUGCAAAAAUAAAGAUUGCUUAUACCAAUAAAUUACGAUUCUUUUAUGAUCAUUUUGGAUGACCCUUUCUAUAAAGAAUAUCUUUCAGAAGAAAUGCUCAAUUUCAUGAAAAAGAAAUUAAUUAUUAGCAUGAAAAGAUAAGUUAUUGAUUAAAAAUCAGAUAAUUUUUUAUAAAAAAUCGACAGAUUAGAAUAAGAUUUAAAAAAAUAGACAAUUUUUGAAGAAUUAGAGAAUUAAAUUUAGUUAGGUGUUAUUAAUAGUAUUUUCAGUAUUUUGAAUAACAAGAAGGAUUCAGAAAAUGUUUUGGAUCCUGAAAUUAAAGAUAUUUUUUAAUUAAUGGAAAUAGAAAAGCCUGAUAUUAUUCAGGAUGAUUUAUAUUAGGAAGCUAAACAAAUGUUUUUAUGA